CAAUCGACAAUGUACAUGCAUACAUCAACGCUUCAACAAGAGUAUGAUCGUCCACUGUGUUUAUUGACUCUAUAUUUUUUUUUCAAAAUAGUCAAGCGCAGUGCUUUGAAUUGCAACGACGUAUUUUUUAAAAAACCAAUUUUUCAUUAUCGCUUCAUUGCGGAAAUUGUUUUUUAAAAAAAAAUUCAAGGAUUCACUAUUUAAACGCGUCACUGAGCUCGAUUCUUUGUCAUUGUAUAUAUUGUCAUCUUGUCAGUUUUAAAAAUUAAUUUUAAAAAAUAAUCAUUAAUUUAUGUUGAUAAAAAAAUACAAGUUUAUUUUGUUAUCGAAAAGUUUGAUGGAUUUUUGUCGAUGCAAAGGGAUAUGAUCCAGGUCGAUGAAUGUUUAACGAAAUAAUAUUUCAAACUCAUGGACGUUUGUUGCUGGCGGGAAUUUGUGCAAUUGUUAUUUUUUUAAUAGCCUUGUCGAUUGUUUGUUGUUUGACACCAGGAUGCCUAGGUCACAAAUGUCUAAAAAUACAAAAAAAGAGGCGGGAGAAGGCAGAAACAACAACGACGAUGACGAUGACAUCAACAACAAGGUCAACGGACCAACAAUGUGGAAAUAUUAAAUUGAGUGAUGUAAGCUACCGAUCUUGGCGUAUUGGUAGCUUAUACGAUAAUGGAAGUAUUUGUGAAAAUUCCGAAUCAUCACCGAGAAAUUCAUACGGUUCAAAUGCGCAUCAUGUUUUUAAUGAUCCUGGUGUAUCAUCAACACUGAAUCUUGUAGACUCAGGUAAACAAAAAAAUGAUAAAAAAAUCAAGGACUUUCCAACAGAAAUUAAAUUGAGUUUGCAAUAUUUGCCAACUUGUGAAGAGACAAGAGGCAAUCGUGGAAAGCUCGUGAUUGGUGUCGAGUCUUUAUCAGGUUUACCACCGAAGCAAUACAAUUGUACACUUGAGCCUUAUGUUACUGUUGAAAUUGUCAAAUAUUCAUGGACACAUAGAAAAAAAGAUGUGCUACAUUUUUUUAGAACACGAAGUAUUAGACAUACAGCUAAUCCAAUAUUUAGAGAAACUUUUGUUAUUGCUGAUGUUGAUUCAAAUGAAGCAAAGGAAUGGACAUUAAACAUUGUUGCUUUUGAUCAUGAUCGUUAUGCAAAUCACACAGAAUUGUGUUCAACAAGAAUUUCAUUUAAAGAUGUAAAAAAUAUUUUUACGAGUCCGGAAAUUCAUUUGUUUAAUUAUAAAAUGAAAAUAUCAUCCCAGGAGUUUGGAGGUAUUUUACUGGGAAUAAGCUACCUGCCAACUGCCCAACGUUUGACAAUUAACGUUAUGAAAUUACGUGCUGUUAAAUAUCCUCAAAAUAUUAAACCUAUUAAUUUUCAUCCGUAUGUAAGAAUAUUGAUGCUCAAUUCAAAAACUGGAAGAAAAUUACGAAAAAGAAAAACUCAUGUACUUUCAUCGUCAAAUCAGUUGUUGGAAUUUAAUGAAACAUUGACAUUUGAUUUAUCAUUUCAUCAACUUGAUACUGUUCAAUUUAUCGUUAUUUUAUGCAACAAGAUUGUUAUUGAUGACGUACCAAUAUCAAUGACUGAAAAUCCAAGUGAUAGUGAAGAAUCUACAAAUUCAUUUAAUAAAUCAUCAGAUAUUUGUCUUGGAAAAGUUGCACUUGGUAAAGGUGUACGUGGUUCAACCGAAAGAUUACAUUGGUUUUCAGUACUUCAAAAUCCUCGAAAACUUGUUACAGUUUGGCAUACACUUAAAUGAAUUAAAAAAAAAAUAAUAAUAUAUAACUGUUACCAAAAAUAAAUAAAUAAUAUUUAAUAUUCAAUAUUAAGAGAGAAUCAUUCACAUGGUGCCCACGUAACACACAUGUACUGUUUUUUGGUUGAGCGGGCGGGAAACACCCGUUUGUUGGCAAGAAUUUGU